AUGUCUGCGCUGUCGGCGGCGCAGUUGACAAUUGCGACGAUGGCAUGCACAACUUCACCAGACGGCGGGAACAUUGCGCCCAACUUUGCUGGGCUUCCCCCUUCUGUUUUCGCUCCCUCCCAAUGUGAUGCCCAUGAGGCCAUCAACCUGGUAUUUUCGCUGAAUGUCAAUGUCAAUGGGACCCCCCAGACCAUGGAAGAGAGGAGGAAGGAAGCCAUGGGCCAUUGCCUUGCACCCCCUUGCCGCGCGCCCGGAGCACUCACGGUUCACCUCACCACCCUCACCCUCGGGGUGCAGUACUAG